ACCGGAAGUGACGUCAUCAAACCAGAAGUGAUCUGGGUCCGAACCGGAAGUUCUGAUGGGAUCUCUGUGUUUUUUCUCACUAGGUACCUCGUGUAAAAGAAGAAGAAGAAGAAGAAGAAGCAAGAAGAAGCAGGAAGAAAACAAAAAAGUAAGUGAUGGAAGAACAAAAACCUAUUGAACAUGAUUUUCCUUGGUGGGGGAAAUUGACCAAAAAAGAGAAGGCCAAGUAUCGUAAGUUUCCUGCUUAUAUCCAAUUACGCAAUUACGUGGAAUCGGGCGGAGACGAGACUCAAUUGUCCCAUUGCACGUUUCGGGAAAUUGUCCGGGUUUGGAAAGGAACAUUUGUCCCUACUCCACAUAACCUCUGGCGCACAUCCGUGGCUUACGACGAUUGGAAACUGAGGAAGAUCGACGCCAUUGUGUUGGGACCUUUAGAAGACAGUCGAGACACAYUCCAGCUGGCUAAACAUCUCAUCGAGUGGGACGUUUUGGAUGACAACUUUCCCUAUAAUUUUUCUUCAGAAGAAGAAGAAGAAGAAGAAG